AUAUCAAUUGCACAUUGUAUUUCUAUUAUUUUGCACAUUUUCAUACACAUCUACGAUAAUCGAAAGAAAGGCCGGAGAGAAGAAGUUUUGAUAAAAUAUCUGGUGAAGCAAACAAUGGAGUUGAUGUUCAAUCCAUUCCCGAGUAUUAGUCACCUUAUACCAAUGGUAGAGCUUGCAAAGCUAUUAACAGAACGAGACGAUAGGCUCGUGAUAAAGAUCUUCAUAAUGAAGCAAUCAUCUGACUCAAAGGUUAGUGCCUACAUUGAAUCGCUUAAUUCCUCCUCCAUCAGCAAUCGUAUCAAAUUCAUUGACCUCCCUGCUGAAGACGAACCCACCACUUCUUUCAAUUCCUUUUCAUUUCUGGAAAGCCAAAAACCCCUACUCAAAGAUGUUCUUUCCAAGCUUACUCUUGCCGAGUCGAGCUCUAAUACAUCUCAAGUAGCUGCAUUUGUCUUGGACAUGUUCUGUACACCGAUGAUAGAUGUAGCUAAUGAAUUUGGUAUCCCUACAUACAUAUACUACACCUCAAGUGCUAAUGCUCUUGGUUUCACUUUUUAUUUUCAAACCCUUCAUGAUGAACACAACCAAGACAUUUUGGCUUACAAAGACUCAGACACUGAGCUGGUUGUGCCAAGUUUUGUCAACAAAGUCCCAGCUAAGGUCUUGCCUUCUGGACUUCUAGUUAACCCUUUUUUUUUUUUUAUUAACCAAGCAAGACGGUUCAAAGAAACAAAGGGUAUUAUUAUAAAUACAUUCAUGGAACUUGAACCCUUCGCAAUAAACUCCUUUUCUAAUGGCAAAACACCACUAGUUUACCCUGUGGGACCUAUAAUGAACCUGAAGGGCGAAAACCAUGAGAUCCAAAAGCCCCAAAAUGGUUUUGAUGUCAUGAAGUGGCUUGAUGAUCAACCUCUAUCAUCAGUGGUGUUCUUAUGCUUCGGUAGCAUGGGAAGUUUUGAAAAAGACCAAGUUAAAGAGAUAGCAUAUGCAUUAGAGCACAGUGGCUGUCGUUUCCUAUGGUCCUUACGCAAGCCACCACCAAGUGGUGGGAUUGCAAGUCCAAGUGAUUACACAAACCUUGAGGAAAUUCUGCCACAAGGGUUCAUCAAUCGAACACAAGGUACUGGUAACGUUAUUGGUUGGGCUCCACAAGUGGCGAUCUUAGCCCACUCAGCAAUCGGAGGGUUUGUGUCGCAUUGUGGGUGGAAUUCUACGUUGGAGAGCCUUUGGUUUGGUGUGCCUUUUGCCGCUUGGCCAAUUUAUGCUGAACAACAAAUUAAUGCUUUUGAGAUGGUGAAAGAGUUGAGAUUAGCUGUUGAGGUUAAAAUGGAUUACAGUAAAAGUAAGCAAAUUAUUGUAACGGCUAUGGAGAUAGAGAGAGGAAUAAGGGAAGUAAUGGACCCCAAUAGUGAGAUAAGGAAGAACGUGAAGGAAAUUAAAGAAAAAGGUAGGAAAGCUUUGAUGGAUGGUGGAUCUUCGCACUCUUCAUUGGAUCGUUUGAUUGUUGAUUUGAUGGGCAACAUAGUUCAUUGAGAUCAAUUUUCAUGAAGC